GGAAAUCCGCUACACUGGCAACACUUUGAGGAAAAAGAUAAGAAAAAUGACAGGCAGUGUCAGUUUCAACACCACGAACUAAGAAAAAGACUCCUGUCAUAGAGCUUGAACGCGCAUUACAGAAAAAUGGAUCGAGAAAGAAUUGAAGGAAUGAGGCCUCACACUGCUGAGGCAUUAGAAAGCUUACUGCGGCACAAUGCUGCAAGUGAGAUUGAAGAAGAAGAACGAAGAAUGUACGGAUGGGUUGAUGACACCAUUGGUAUUAAUUUCUGGGAAUUUAGAAAAAGAAAUCAUGCCCUCCUCAGCUUUUUUGAAAUAUGUGAAGACGUCAGUUAUUCUGAGGGUUGGAAAACCUUUGCAGAAAAAUUGGGGCUUGACUACACAAAUAUACAGCACUGUGAGAAAUUUUGUGGUCAAGCAGGACCAACAAAAGCAGUACUUGACAGACUAGAAAGUAAAAAAGAAUACAUUGGAUUAACACUGAAAGAUGUCCUGGCUGUGCUGGUGGAUCUUGGGCAACACGAUAUCUUACGAAGAGUCAGUUGGCAGGAAGGCAUAAAAAAGUUUGAGAAAGUCCAGAAUGUGCCACCUGCAAUUAAAGAAGGCUACGAAGACACUGUGCCUGCAACCUUCUCUUUGGAUAUAAAACGAGGAUGUGAAACCCUGGUGUGCUCAGCAAAUGAAGGAAGGGUAAAUGAAAACAUCAUAAGAAGAGAAUUACCUCCGCAGGGAUGCCAAGUGAAGAUUUUGAUGGUCUUUGCUUCUGAUGCCAGACGGGAAGCUUUAGAGGUGGUGGAGCAGUUACGGAACCCCUUGACUUCAAGAGGCAGGGUUGGAGUGCUAUUGCUGAUGGGGGAUGUUGCUUCAGCUGUUGCUGCUAAUUUACGGAUGGACCCUCACAACAGUAUCCACAAAUGGUUCAAACAGGUCAGGUUUGUUGUCCCAGUGCUGUCCCCCCAGUUUCUAAAACAGAUACAGAAUCGUGAUAGGAGCAACCAGUCCAUUGAGGAGAAGAUAUACAACAGAUUUGUGUAUCGUUUAACUCUGGAUGACUAUGUGGCCAAUAUGAGUCGUAACACCAAGUGCAGGCCACUCUAUCCUAGUUGCUAUCACAAGGAGGUUGUUGAUAGUGAGCUUGUUAGAGGAAAUGGACUGCUGCAGAUACACUGGAACUGCUCUUCAAAGGACAGUGUUGAACAGUUUGCAGAACUUUUAAUUGAUGAAGCAAAAUAUCUGUGACUAUGUUUGUGAAUCAAGUUUUUGUUAAAUGUUAUAUGAAAUUACAAAAAAAUUACUUGAGAAGUUUAGAUGUAAUAUGUCUUGGGGAGUAAGUAAUACCAUUCAGAUAUAUGGUAGAUCUGGGUAAGCAUUUACUGUAAACAUUAUGUAUAAUUCCUAUAUUAGAAUAACAAGUUUGGAAAGGAGGGUGAUAUAUAUAUAUAUAUAUAUAUAUAUAUAUAUAUAUAUAUAUAUAUGUAUGUAUGUAUGUAUGUAUGUAUGUAUAUAUAUGUGUGUAUGUAUUUUAUAUAAAGCUUAGUAUUUGAAGCAAAUGAUCAAAGUGAGAUACAUAGCAAGAAUGUGUCAUGGUUAUGGUUAUUUUUAAUUUUUUAAUGAGUAUGAUGUGAUGGCCUGAGAGGUUUACAAUUGAACGCAAUCUUCAUACUGAAAAUAUUUAACCCAUUCGCCCCAGAUUUAUGUUCUGUCCUCUGUAGUUUUUGGUGAAUUUUGUUACAUACAGAUGGCUCCACAUGUGCUUAGCCGGCAAGGAGUCUAUCAGUAGGCCCUAGUUACCGACCCUGAUUUUCCCAUUCAUUUAAUUGGCGGGAAAAUUAAUACCAUUGCUAUCAAUACUGUUAUUGAUAUUAUGAUUAUUAAAUUGUCAUUAGAAUAUUUUAGACAAUGAAAUGAUGCAAAAAAACUUUUCCUAAAGUGAAGGAAAAGGGUAAACAGGUGAAAUAGGUAUUUCUUGAUAACUGGCUAUUUGGUGAUUAAGAACUUGUGGAGCCAUCUAUGUGUAAAUACAAUAAAUAAACGUGUAUCAAAGUGGGCAUGGCAUCUGUUCUUGCCACAUGUGGCGAAUGGGUUAAAAGGGAUUUCUCAUUUUUUCGGGUUAUAUAUAAUGUUACCUGAUCAUAGCAUUUUACAAUUCUACAUUCUGUACAAUAACACUGCAUUUAGUAUUUAGUACAAUUUAAGUGCUAUUUUAAUAGAACAUGACAAGAAUGACAUAAUAUAGUUCUCAAGAAAUCAAAACUCUUAUCUGUCUGUCUUUCACUGCUUGCUCAUCUGUCUUUCUGCCAACAGUUUGUAACACUUCUGAAGAUUGAACGAAAAUAUCACUUCAGCAGGACAGAAUAUUUGUUAAGAAUUUGACUAUUAACCCAUUCCUUAUAGAAUGUACUAUUUUUGGUAAUGAAUAUAUUCUUAUAUCCACCAAGUAGUCAAUUAGUAAGCCUUAUGUUACUGCUGAUUUGCUAUUUCCUCUUCUUUCAUUCUUUCCUUCUCUUUAAAUGCUGUUAAUACUGUUGGCAUUGUUAUUUUUAUUAUUUACAUUAUUGAUGCUAUAAUGUUAUUAGAUUAUCAGUAACAAUAAAGAAAUUAAAAUAAUAUUUAUAAGGUCAAGGAAAUAUGUAAACAAAUGAGAUAGGUAGGACUAAUAAAUGACUCCUUGGUGACUGACUACUUGUAGAGCUAUCUACAAGCCUGUUCAUAAACUAAAGGUGACUAGUGGGAUACAUAUAAAUUCUUUGAAGUUUUUUUUGUAUAUUACACCAAAUUCAGUGGAUGUUGAAAGUGCAACAAUGUGUAGGUGUAGGUGGAUUGAUGGAUAAAUGUAUAUAUAUAUAUAUACACAUGAAUGAUAUGCAUGUGUAUCUCUACUCUAUGUUUAAACUUUGGUAAUUCAAAGUGGAACAGGACAGUAACAGUAUUCAACAAUAUAUGGAAAGGUUAUUUGUAAUUUCCAAAUAAAGGAAUCUCAGGAAACAA